AUGUCAAACGGUCGGGAUACUGAGAGUGAUGGAGUAGACAGAGGACAUGGCAUAACCGAAGGCAUGGAGAGUGGAAAUUGCAGUGUGUCAGGAGGCGCCGCCGGCCACGUGACCAACGGCCGCAGCCAGCGACCAACCUCCGGAGCCGAGGCGCGUGGCCCUGGCCGCUGCGCGCUCAUCCCCCCGCGGCUAAUCGUCCUCCUGCCGGCCCCUGACGUGCCCUGUUCCGCCGACUUGCUGGGACCACUCGGGACCCUGAGGGGCCGCGGCGGUUUAGCGGUGCAAGCUCAGCCCCCUGCGCUGUGGUGCUCACCGUCCCUGGAGCGAGAGUUGGGGGCCCGAGGACCUACCUACUCACUGAUUCCGACUAGCUCACAGCAGUUCGAGGACACUUGGUGGGAAUGUCCGGUGACGUUGGACACUCUUCUGGGAGAGGGAGUGGACCACGUUGCUUUCCAGCCCACAGCCAUGAACUGGUUUCGAGGCCUUGGCUCUGGCUUGGGCCAAUCUCUGGGCCAAGUGGGGGGCAGCCUGGCUUCCCCCACAGGCCAGAUUUCAAAGUUGAUAAGAGAUAAGUCGUCGACAGGCAUCACCCAAGAUCUGGAUGAUGAAAAAAAGAGAGCUUGCCAACUUAGAGAUGAUAAAAUGAACAUUACUAAAGAAUUAGACAUGCAAAAUGAAAAACUAACAGAACGAGAAUCGGAGAGUAAACUUCUAAAUGAAAAGAACCUAAUUUUAACAAAACAGAUUGAUCAGCUGUCCAAAGACGAGGUUGGUAAACUAAGGCAGAUCAUCCAGCAGAGGGAUUUGGAGAUAAAAGCUCUUCAUGCAAGAAUGUCUUCACCUUCUUACACCCAGGAUGUUGUUUACCUUCAACAGCAACUACAGGCCUACACUGUGGAGAAAGGACAAAUAUUGGCUGUUUUGGAUGAGAAGACUAGGGAAAAUAGCCGCCUAAAAACAGAACAUCACCAAAUGAUAGACAUGGCUGCUGCCCAACAAGCAGCGCUUAUUAAGCUGCAAGAUGAAAAUAAAAAAUUGUCCACUAGAUUGGAAAGUAGUGGCCAGGAAAUGCUUAGAAAAACUGUUCAGAAUUUAUCACUUAUCAUUCGAGAAAAAGACAUUGAAAUAGAUGCAUUAAGUCAGAAAUGUCAGACUUUGUUGACAGUGUUACAGACAUCUAACACAGGAAAUGAGGUUGGAGGUGUUAACAGUAAUCAGUUUGAGGAGCUUCUACAGGAACGAGAUAAAUUAAAACAGCAAGUGAUGAAAAUGGAAGAGUGGAAACAACAGGUGAUGACCACAGUGCAAAAUAUGGAACAUGAGUCAGCCCAACAACAGGAAGAACUUCAAAAACUUCAGACCCAGGUUUUGAUUGACAGUGAUAAUAACUCUAAACUGCAGGUAGAAUAUACUGGCCUAAUCCAAAGUUAUGACCAGAAGGAAACCAAACUCAAAACUUUGGGUCAGGAAUUAGCACAAGUUCAGCGCAGCUUAGGGCAACUUUUGAAUACCAAGGAUCAUCUUGUAGGAAAACUUGAUAUUAUUUCACAACGGCUCUUUUCUGGAUCAUCACUUGUUUCAGAGUCAGAAGAAUCUCUCGGGGCAGUUAAGUCUGAUAUACCUAGUGAACCUUCUAAAUUGCUUCAACAAGAAAUAGAAAAAUUAAGAAAAUCACUGCAGGAAAAAGAUGCAACAAUUCAAACUCUCCAGGAAAAUAACCAUAGAUUGUCUGAUUCGAUUGCUGCCACCUCAGAGCUAGAAAGAAAAGAACAUGAACAAACUGAUUCAGAAAUUAAGCAGCUAAAGGAAAAACAAGAUGUUUUACAAAAGUUACUUAAGGGUAAAGACCUCUUACUCAAAGCCAAAUAUGAUCAGUUACAUUCUUUAAAUGAAAAUUUCACUAACCAAGUGAAUGAAAAUGAAAUUCUGAGGCAGGCAGUAACAAACCUAAAGGAGAGAAUAUCAAUUUUAGAAAUGGACAUGUGUCAACUAAAAGAGGAAAAUGGAAAACUAGUAGAAAUAUCCAGGGUAAAGCAAACAGAAUGUCAAGCAUUACAAGAGACUAACAUGAAGUUUUCUAUGAUGCUGCGAGAAAGGGAGUUUGAACACCAGGAGAUAAAUGAGAAGGCUCUUGCUUUUGAGCAACUAUUGAAAGAAAAAGAACAGGGCAAGACUGGGGAGUUAAAUCAGCUUUUAAAUGCAGUUCAGUCGAUGCAGGAGAAGACAGUUACAUUUCAAGAGGAAAGAGACCAAGUCAUGUUGGCCCUGAAACAGAAACAAAUGGAAAACAGUUUACUUAGUGAGGUGAAGGAUUUACGUGAAAAAGAAUUGUGCUUAAACCAGGAGCUAGAGAGAUUGCAUCAUCAACUUUCAGAAUCACAGGAUUUUUAUACUGGUGAAGCUCUGGCUGCAGCAGAGAGAGAGGCUAACCUAAGAAAAGAAGUCACAGUAUUGGAGGAGAAGCUAGUUUCAUCCUCUAAUGCACUGGAAAAUGCAAGUCAUCAAGCCAGUUUGCAGGUAGAGUCAUUGCAGGAACAACUGAAUGUAGUCUCCAAGCAGAGGGAUGAAACCGCUCUUCAGCUUUCGGUGUCACAAGAUGAGGUAAAGCAGUAUGCUCUAUCACUAGCCAACCUACAGAUGGUACUAGAGCGUGCGCAACAAGAGGAAAGAGCUAUGUAUACUGCUGAACUAGAAAAGCAAAGUGCGCUUGUAAGUAAGUGGAAGAAAAAGGCUGAAAACCUAGAAAGAAAACUGGUGUCUUUACAGGAAAGUUUGGAUGAAGCCAAUGCUGCUUUGGACUCAGCAUCGAGACUCACAAAACAGUUAGAUCUACAGGAAGAGCAAAUCGAAGAACUUCAAAAACAGAAUGAGGUCCUACAGGAAAUGUUAGAUGACAUUCAGAGGAAAUGGAUGAACUUGGUAAAUGACACAGAAGGAAAAGUGGACAAGGUACUCCUGAGAAACGUCUUAAUAGUCUAUUUUCAAACUCCAAAAAGUGAGCGGCAAGAAGUGUUAAGAUUAAUGGGAAGCAUCCUUGGAAUGAAAAAGGAGGAGAUGGAGAAAUUGUUCUGUGACGAUCAAGGUGGUGCUACCACGUGGAUGAGUGGGUGGCUUGGAGGAGCAUCAAAAAAUGUCCCCCCAAAAAAUGUCCCCCAAACACCUCUGAGAGCAAAUCAGCAACCUGCACUCAAUAGUUCUUUCUCAGAGCUUUUCAUUAAAUUUCUACAAACAGAAUCUUAUCCAUAUAUUCCACCACAAAUGCAACCUCUUCGUGAUAGGAAGCCCCUAGGUUUACCAGGAAGGGCUAAACUAGCCACAAAUGUAGGACAAAAUUUUAAAGAUACAGCAGAGUCCAGAAGCAGUGGAAGAGCAGAUUUGAAUCCACUCUUAGCUCCCUGUUCUGCAGCUGUGUCACUUAUUCACCCAGGUGGACUUGGAACUGGUGGGGCUAAGCAUCUUCUUUUGAACCCAACAUUUACACCUUUUCCAGUGUUACCUGCUAACACUGCUGGAGCUGGCAAAGACCUUUUAAAGCAAGAGAGUAACAAUGUAGCCCUUUAA